UCUCUUUUAGUGGGAGACGGAGGGUGAGAGUCAGAAGAGAGGGGGAGACAGAGAGAAGAGAGAGGGAGAUAUAGAGAUGUCGGAACCAGCCACUAAUCCCGCUGCCACCUCGUUCCCAGCGCCAACUAUUUCUCUACCUUUGGGACUGGAAGUAUUGAGAACUUACUCUGGAGCCCUUGUCUGUUUAGAAAUAUUAUUUGGCGCUCUAGUAUGGAUCCUGGUGGCUUCCUCCAAUGUGCCCGUGCCUCUGCUGCAGGGUUGGGUGAUGUUUGUCUCAGUCACCACCUUCUUCCUCUCCUCCGCCUACCUCACGCUCCUCAUCACUGGCCUGGCAGACCGCAUCAACACUGACUGGAAUUUCUUGGAUGUGUUUUACCAUUUUAUGGCUUUGCUUUUUUACUUUGCUGCCUUCGUUCUGGAGGCAGCAACUACAGCAGCUAAUGGAGGAGCCUACAUCAAGACGAUGCCUAACACCACUGAGACUGUCAUGUGUAUAACCUACCCUCGGGGCAAUAUAUUCACAGUCCUGGACGAUAGGCAAUACAGUAUUAAUGUUGCGGCCACGAUAUUUGCGUUUGUGGUGACACUAUGCUAUGGCUGCAGUAUGGUGAUGGGCUUUAAGAGGUGGCGGAUGUAAACCCAGGAAAACCAGCACAAAGUAGUUUUAUAACUGCUUCAUAACUUUAGCAUGUAUUAAAACAAUCAGCUACGCCACCCAGAGCUCCAUAGCGAGCUCUGCUAUUCAGUUUAGUUUAGUGCAAACUUUGUAAUUAGGAAAAAUAUAGAUGACAAAAUUUCUUCAGUCGAAACAGAUUUCUGCACAAUAACAUUCCUACAGUUAUUCUGAGAUAUUGAAAGGAUUGGUUUUAGGUAGGUUCAGUCUGGUCUAGAGAAAUGUAAUAAUAACAUAUUUUGAGGUCAGGGUUAAAGAAUAGCUGUUUAAGUUGAUGCUCAGUUAUUUUGCUGCUUACCAAUGACUUCCCUGUUUCAUUAAGCUCUCAAGAAAAAGUGGGAAGUUAGGGAAGGUUGUGAGGGGACCUUGUAUAUGAUACAAUGUUCUGAAGCAAUACAGGGUCAAUUUGCCAAGUGUAAGUGAUGAUUGUGACAGUUUUAGGUUAUGUUUCUUUUCACCCCCUUUGUUUAUCAUACAUAUCAUGAAGUAUUUCCCCAUUUUCUGAAUCAUAUCCAUAUUGGAGGGCAUAUUUUCCAUUUCCAUUACCACAAAAACGAGCCUAUGUAUGCUGCUGACAGGUUUUGCAUAACAGAACAUUAAUGUGAUGGUGCAAUUAAGACCCUAAAAAGCAACAUGAUUGUUUUCACUGUCCUCCAGUUACCUUGGUGCUAAAGAGCAGUAAACUCACUCUAGAUUUAACACGACUGUUAUUACAUGUUUAUGUGAAAACUAUUUCAAAUGUGAGUUGAUCUGAUAUAUGAAUUUCAAAGUUUAAAUUUGAAUUUGUUGUGAGCACUUUUUGUUAAAUUUUCUCGGCCUAUCCGGCAUAACUGUUUUUCACAUUAUUGUAGCUAUUAAUAUGUGUUACUGUUUAAACAGUGCUGUCCUAUGUGACUAACUCCAGUGACUUACUGAUAAAUACCUUUUGACCAAGGCCUGGGUUAAAUAAAUCUGUCGUUUGUGUUAUACUACAAACUAAUAAUGUAAUCUGAUCAUCAAUAAAAAAAUAUUUUGUCAGCUACUAUA